AUGUCCGACCCUCUUGCCGUCGCCGGAUCCGCGGUGGGAAUCAUCUCUCUGGGUCUGCAGGUCUGCGGUGAAAUCGUCUCUUACUGCCAAGCCUGGCGUGGGUUUGACGAGGAUAUUCAGAGAAUCACUGAGAAGGCAGAUGGGCUUUGCAUGCCACUAAAGGGGCUACGAGAGAUCAUAGAGUAUGCCCAAAGAAACAGCCAUGCCGAGGCAAGUGACCUCGAAUCGAAAACCCAGAGUCUCCAAAAAGCGAUUUUGAGGCUCAAAUCGGCUACUGAUCGAUGUGCCUCUACGGGCUCAAUCACACCCAACGGAUUUCGCUAUCAGCUUAAGAAGGCGACAUAUUCAUUCAAGAAAGACGGGAUGCGCGAGAUAUCCACCGACUUGGAUAGUAUCCAGAUGCUACUACAUACAGCUCUUCACAUCUACUCUAUCCAAAAUCUCCGAAAUAUGCAAGAGACAAUCAGUCAGCAGAUGCAGGACAUUAAUUCGAAAAUCAUGGGUCAAUCUAUACCAUUCAUGGCCCCGAGUCGACUUCGACAAUUGUGUGACCAACAGAGUAUACAGCAGGCAAUAGAACCAUGCCUGCGUGUCACUGAGCAAGAUAACUCCCUAAAAAGCUUGACUUCUGCGCCAUCGAGGAUCUAUCAAAGUCACGACAGACAAGACUGUAUCUACAGAUACGGACCACGUUUCGCCUCGAAGAGCGAACCCAAAUCCUCCAAGGAAUACCGCUACUCUAUGUCUCUGCUGGGUUUCAUUUUCCAAGCGUCAGUCAGAUUUGACAGAGGGGCUGGAGGAAUUUCCAUUGCACCGCUACUGCACAUGCAGCCUCUGUUAAGUAUGGAAUCUAGUGUUGGAUGUAAGAUUCUGCAAAGGGACAAAUUUCUCUUUUAUCUCGACACGGGCCUUGAUAACUAUGAGAAUUCCAUCGAUUUGAUCAUGAGACAGCUGCAAGAAGCAUUUGAUCGACGAGAGGCGUCUCCGUUUGAUAUAGUCUGGAUUCAGUCGGAAGUUUCGAUAUUUGACAUAGCUUUUAAGUUGAUUUCAACUCAUAUGCCCAAACGUGAUCCGAUCUGGUUUAGUCGCGCAUCUCGACUUCUCAACUUUCUCCUCGACUGUGGAAGUUGGACACAGGGUAAGAACAGUCGAGUGGAGAACGUGAUGUCCUUGAGUCCGAACACCAGUUUUGGAAAAGAGGGAUCACUAGGUCUCCGCCUAUUGGAGCUUGGUUAUCCUUUUCAACUCAGAGAUCCCCAGUCACUGAUUGAGAAAAGAGAGCUGCGGUACCUCAUAAUUCACCAUUAUGACUAUGUUGCAAGGAUGAUCCUCCUCGAGUCAGAAUCCGAGCUUCGAUACAUGAUGGAAUCAGGGCUCAUUUCACCUAACUACCGCGAAGGCGAGUGGUCCUUACUUGGGCUUUCGUUUGGCUGGCCGCAGGGGUUGCAAAUUCUACUUCAGGCAGGUGCGGACGCUUCCGAUUCUUACAUUCGAUUUGUCGAAGAUACCCCAAGGGGAGAGACCUUUGAGUCAGUGAAGCUGAUGCUUGAAGCCGGAUGUCGCAUUGAGUAUGAUGAAAUUUGGCAAUGCCAGGAAGUGAAAAACGGUGGCAGAAUUCAAUCACUUCUUAUCCAGGAACUGGCCACUCGAAUCAGAAAGUUGUGGGAUCUCGCUCAGAUCCACCUUCCGUUACACGAGCUUCCCAAUCUCAUUACGUAUGAGACAGUCACUGACAAAAGUUAUAUCUUUGAUGUUCAUGUCCAAGAAACGCUCGCCAAAUUGGAGGCUCACGGCACAGAAAUAUGCCCUCGGAUCGCGAUACCGCACUGGUAUGAUAUUUUCGGAUAUUCAACUUGUUUUUCUCAGGAAAUGUUCUCGGCUGAGACGUUAGAGAACUUUUAUCUUCACGGAUUCAGAGGUCUUAAUGAGUUCGACAAGAGCGGGAUUUCACCCCUCCAGAGUUCAUUUGAUUUUCUCUUUGCGAAAGAAACAAGUGAUUGGAAGCGAAAACUGUAUCGAUCAAGGUGGCUUGUAUCAAGAGGAGCUCUUGUACAUCUAACGGUGCCAGGGACCAAUGCAUCCAUUGCCCAUCAUCUCGGAGUGGACGCUGCUGAAAUUCUAAUUCAAACGGUGUUGCAGCAUCUACGGUGGAACCCGAACAACCGUUUUCGAAUCUGGAAACAAGCUCUUUUACAGGCUGGAGAAGGAUGGUUUCUAGUACCUUCUAUUACGGAUCAAUGCAGGUGCCCAUGCUCUCCACGUGGGUGCACCACACUGUCUGUCGUUUUACGGCGCAUACUUCGCAAAUCCAAGCGCCGUGACUUUAAAGCUGCAUUCUCGGGUACAGAUGGCCGAGAAUUGAUACAGUUCCUCAUAGAGUCCAGCAAAAUGACUCCGGCGGCACAUGAAGAAUUCAUCAGGUGUUUAACUUUUGAUGCUUUGGAUCUAAAACACGCGUGUUGUCGCAUCAAAAUACGGUCUCGCCUUAGCUCCAAACUCAAAAGCAAAGAAGAAGAGGAAAUCGAAGAAAUCAUCGACGAACAGAAGCUAAGGCUGAUUGACUUUGAAAAGCUUGUCAUCGAAUUCCAAGCCAAAUUAGAUGAGCUUGCGCUACCUAUAAUUGAGUUUCUCGGGGGAUACUGGUACAAUCGCAUGGUUGAGUACCUCCGUCAGCGCGAUCGGUAUGACGAGAAGCAUUUCAUCGGGUCAAAAAGUAUCGGUGUCAAUCUCAUACAGGAUGAAGAAUUCUCCCCCAGUGGGAUGCUUUCACUCAUUGGAUCAUUCAACAGGGUCGUCGAUAAUGAGGUGCCAUCGAUGAUCGAAUAG